AUGUCGUUUUCCUUCGGCUUUACUUCGAAUGACUUCGACGAUGAUGAACUUGUUGCCCAAGCAGAAGCCUCUAUUAAAUCUACCGAAGUAAAUGGAGAGACCCCUACUUGCAUCAAUCCGCUAGAUUCUGAUUUUUUGUUGCAAUCCAGUGUCGUCCAACCAAAAGUCGAAAAUAUCGAAACGAUAUUGCAGAGUCUUCAGGAUGUUAGAUUGACUUUUGAAGAGUUCCAAUCCUCAUUGCAUAAAAUGCCAUUAAUCAGAAGGGAACUAUUCGAUGUCAAACAUCAACUGAUGUUAGAGGCAGAUGCCGAAUCCACUAACAACUCUACGGAGUUGGAUAUUUUACUUGGCGAUACUUCUGAAGACCUGAGAAAAAAUGUCUAUGAAGGGGGCUUGAAAUCAUGGGAGUGUUCUUAUGACUUGGUGGAUUUACUGUCCGAAAAAGUUGACAAGACGAUUACUGAUAUUGAUGUGGUUUUAGAAAUAGGCUGUGGGACAGCAUUGCCUUCAGAAUUUCUGUUCCGAUCGGCUCUCCUACGGAAUGAUAAAUCUAAAAGCUUAAAGUUCAUUUUGUCUGAUUAUAACGCUAGUGUAUUAAGAUUGGUUACUAUACCGAAUUUACUUAUAACAUGGGGUAAAACUGUUUUAACAAAUGAAGAAUGGUGUUCUUUGCAGAGGGACGAAUGUGAUAAUAUUCCAAUAAACAGCGAAGAGUUGCUUCUGUCCCCAAAGUUGCUAACCGCCUUUUAUGACGACAUCAAAGGUAGAAAUAUUACCAUUGUUCUUAUAUCUGGAUCGUGGGGACGUAAGUUCAGUAAUUUAAUUCAUGGAAUGUUGUCAGGAAACAGAAAGGUUUUGUCGUUGACCUCUGAAACAAUUUACCAACCUGAUAAUUUACCUGUUAUCGCAGAAACAAUACUUGACAUACAUGGGUUACCACACACUGAAAUUCAGACUUAUGUGGCAGCGAAGGAUAUUUAUUUUGGUGUUGGUGGUAGCAUCGUUGAAUUUGAGAAGUAUCUGAAUGAUAAAAUCACUUCCGAAAACCUACCUAUUCAGUCCCAAAGGUUCGAAGUUAACUCUGGUUUGAAAAGAUCAAUAAUAUGCAUUGAAUCAAGUCAAAUUGCUCACUAA